CUUUUUCAGGUUUAAUUGCAUUCGUGUAAACCCUCGUGGGUUAAUUGUCGUGGAGUCUCCGGCGUGGAUCUGCAGCUCUGUCCCCGCCCGCCGCUGCCUGCCGCCCCCACCGUUAACCCUGCUAUUUCCAGAAACUUCCAGCCCACUUCCCCACGUCACUCCACGGAGUCUUUAAAGCGUCCGCCGCCCGUAUAAAAUGUCUUAGUAACAGAGCGCGAGCAUCAUGAACGCCGUGAAGACACGCACCCCCACGCCGACCAUGGCUACCAACGACAGCGACCCCCUGCCCCUCGGCUGGGAGGUAAAAAUCGACCCCCAGACCGGAUGGCCGUUUUUCGUGGAUCACAACAACCGAACCACAACCUGGAAUGACCCGAGACACGUCACGAGAAAGAGUCGAGAAGUUUCAGCAAAUGGACCCAACAUACCUCCAGAACAACAUCCUCAAGAGACCCAGAAAACUUUUACCAGGGAGAUGAAGCACCCUAUUCUCCGCCCAGGUUAUAUCCCCAUCCCUGUCUUCCAUGAGGGUGCAGACCUGAGGCAGCAGCAGCAGCAUCCCUGCUAUUCGUACAUCCAGCCAAGCACAGCGCCGAGUGUCUGGACUGAAGUUCAGGCUCCGUCUCAGACUUCAGGACUUCACGGCAGGCCCAGAUCCCCCUUGCAUGUGGCCUCAGACAGCUGCUCUUCUGAGCCUGGAAGGGUCAGCACCCCCACCCAACCAACCGCAGAGGUACACACAGCCACACACCACCAACCUUGUCGACCCAGCAGCACUGGUCUCCAGGCCGGUUAUAUCCCUAUUCCAGUCAUCCAUGAGGGUGGAGGGGGCCAUGGUCAACCUCAGGUAAACCCUGCGGUCUACUCUCAGCGUGCCCCCUACUCAGAGCCCUACCAGCGCCUCCAGACGGAUGAACGGCCCGCCUACUCUGCAGCGCAGCCUUCUCGCGAAAGUACUUCCCCAACGCUGUUCCCGCAGCACCGGGAUGCUGCUUCUGUUCACCUCCCACCUUCGUUUAGGAGCCAGUCACCGACUGUAACGCCGCUGCAGGGAGACAAACCACAGACUCAACAGAACCUCCUCACUAGAGACACGGCCCAGAAAGUGGAGCAGGAGCUGCAGAGACCAGAGAAUCUGCCAAAUCCUCAAACGCAGCACACAGAGGUGGAUGCCCAAAAGCCUCAACAAGUUCCACAUUUGGAGCAGCCUCAGUGGUUCCAGCAGCCCCCCCCACAGACUCAGUCCCCACAGCCUGAACACUUCCAGCCCCAUAAGCCUGCACAGCCACAGCAUCAUGUUGCAGACAUCACCGUUCAAAUCCCUCCAAAAGCAGAGGUUCAGGACGCAGCAGCUACCCCCCCUGAAGCCCCUGCAGUAAGAGCAGAGGGGGAUCAGGGCGCCGUUCAUCCCGGCUUGGCGAAGGUUCAGCAGAUAGUAGGACGGGUGGCGAAGCUGGAGCAGGAGGUGAAAUCUUUCAGUGGAAAGAAAAAUGAUAAGAAAUACUUGUUGUUGGAGGAGCUGCUGACCAAAGAGCUGUUGGCUCUGGACUCUGUCGACCCGGAGGGACGCGCAGAUGUGCGGCAGGCCAGGCGAGACGGAGUUCGACGGGUUCAGACCAUACUGGAGGGGCUAGAACAACUUGAGGAGCAGCCAGCCAAAACCACAAGUGAGACACCGGCGGACGGUGACAACCCAACAGGGAAAGGAGAGUCCGGCAUGGUUUCUAAGGAACAUUAUGUGACGGCAAAGGAGAUCUCCUAAAGACUUCAGGAGGAGGGAGGAUGCUGACGGACUCCUCCACCCUAAAGCUUUCGUGGAAGCUGCAUGCGUUCAGUGGUUGUAUGUUCCUUCAGCACAUAACUGAUGGUAGCUCAGUGCAGUUCUGUUUUUGAGCCAUUGUUCUUGCCGUCAGUGUCCUUGUAAAUUUGACUGCGACCAUUAGUGAGGCGUUAACAGCAACCGCUAAGCAAAUUUAAGUUUGAAUACGAGGCCUUUAUUGCAGCAUCAAAGAGAAAUACGAGUAUUUUCCUAACAGAUUCUAUGUGUAGUGGCCUUUUGUCUCACUGAAAAUUGUGUGAAGCUUUUUCUAAAGGAGUCAGCACAUGGGUUGGUGCAGAUGUUGGAGGGCUCUGUUCUGUCAUUUCUGCUGAAAACAGCCAUGACGGAGCAGCUCUGUCACAGCACACAGUGAAAUGUUUAGUACAUGCUGCUUCUUGGUGCACUGCCUUUGGAGUUGUGUUUGCACUUCGUCAUCACUGAAAUAUGUCAUGCUGAAAAUCAGCAACACGUCUUUGAAGGAUUAUCAUUUAAGCAAGUUUGGAUCUGUUGGUAUGUGAGUUGGUUCACCUAAACCCCAGUAAAAAUCUUUCUAUCAAUAUAUACAGUAUUUUGCUACAGUUAUGAAUGUUUAUUGACCUAUGGAGGUGAAAUGUGUCUGUUUGAGACGUGAGACAAUCAGCGUCGGCUGCUAACAAAACCGACGUAACGACGGUCAGAAUGUUUGUAUGAUUACCAAAGCCACAAUCUGUCCUAGUGUUAACACCAUAAUGGCUUCAAAGCCUUAAAAGUGCCAACAUGACCAAACAUUUCAGCACGUCAGUGCGAAAAGUUCUCCUUACUUUUAUGAUAACCCACCCUCUGGUCCUGGACUAAUAAUCUGCUUCUACGGGAUUAUAGAUUGUGGCUGAUUGAGUUUUACGGUUUGAUAGCAGUUGGCAGAAAUCAAGUCACACUGGCUUUACUGAAAAUAAAUGUUUGAAACACUUUGUUCCUACAGAUUCUUUUUUUUUCUUUUUUACAAUAUAUUUAAAUGUUUUGGUAAUUUUGUGUUGCGUGAAAACAACAACUCGAAUAAAGAGAUGAAGCCUGACAGCUUUAAACUGUUUCCUUCCUGUCAAAUACA